AGCUGGAGUAUCCUAGCAACAGCAACUGGGCGCGGGUGAUCUCCGUAAAGCUCUGCAUGCCAACCAAGAUUGUAGGGCAGGCUGUGAAACCUGACCCACUCAUCAUUCGUAACAAGGCGAAGCGAGAGUUCUGCGACAAGCACAGCGGCUACGGAGACUUCUGCGACGAGAGUCACAUUGAUGAAGGCAUAUAUCCGGCACCGCUCACCAACAAGUCGUGGGAGAAUCACGCAAUAUUCCAAGUUCCCAUCGCCAUCAUAGCAGGUCCGUCUGCGAUGGGACUGAGGAUGACACUAGAGACUGUGAUGAUGCAGCCGGGGAUCAGUCCCACGAUGGUCGUGGUGAAUGUUUGACGAGGGCUUCACAGAUGCGGGCAGAUCUAGUCUCUCUGUUCGGUUUCCACGUGGAGAACUACCGGCAGCAAACGCUACGGUGAUCAAAUGAUUAAGGCUGUGGAGAAAGUCUGGACGUUGCCUUACUUCCUAGACAAGGAGGGGGAGGUACACGAUAAGCUGAUCGUGUUGGAGGAGGAAUUGAUCCUGGCUUCUGACUUCCUACACUACAUGGGUCAGCUGCUGCCCAUCCUGGACAAGGAUGAGUCUAUAUGCAGCGUGUCCGCGUGGAACGUGAACGGGUACGAGGGACUGAGCGAGGACCCGGCGGCUGUAUUCCGCGUUGAGGACGGAUUCCCCGGACUCGGAUUCAUGAUCCGACGCGGAUUCUACGCGAGAUUCCUCGACAAACACCUGAGCAGCUGCUGCCGCAACAGGACGUGGGACGGCUGGACGCCCGCCGCCUCGGGAAACCUCACUCUCACGGACGUGAUCAUCCCCGAAGUGUCGCGCGUCUACCGGCGCCCCCACGUGGGCGUCAGCAAAGACAACAGUCUACUCGACGAACUGUUCGGGCGACAGCGAGCGACAAACCUAGUUCCGUAUCCGCUGCUCAAGGACACGGAACAGCUGGUGGCGUCGCGAUACGACGGGGGGCGUUGCACCAGCUGCUGGCGAAGAGUCACACGUUACUGCCGAACUAUCUAA